CAGAAACAAAGUUUCGAACAAAUCAAUAAAACGGAAACGUGAGAGAGCGCUGCGCAAAAGAGAAAAUAAAAGCGAACGCAAUCGACCAACGCAUAGAAGAAAACAAGGCGCCUGCCAGCCAGCCAAAGCCAAGAAUUCCACAUUUACACACCUCAACCUCAACCUCACACUGCACUGCACUGUCACAUUCCCAAGUAAAGCUGCCAUGAGUUAAGAUCAAGAUGCGAGUCCAGGACCUGCCGCUUGCCAUCGCUUUAAUCGGCGCUUGUAUGCCGCUAACCGCCGCCUGCUCCUCGCGUGCCAUUGCCAAGCCGCGGCCAACAGCUGCGCCGAUCUUGCCGCCGGAUAAUGUCGAGAUAUCCACGACUCCCCGGCCAAAUGUCACCUUUCCGAUCUACGCCUGUCCGCCCACAUAUGCUGCCUGGUAUUGCCUGAACGAUGCCACCUGCUUUACGGUGGAGAUCCACAACGAAAUCCUGUACAACUGUGAGUGUGCCUUGGGUUUUAUGGGCCCGAGGUGUGAGUACAAGGAAAUAGAUGGCUCCUACCUGCCCACCAGGAAUCGGGUGAUGCUCGAAAAGGCCAGCAUUGUGAGCGGAGCCACGCUGGCCCUCCUGUUCAUGGCCAUGUGCUGUGUGAUCUUGUACCUGCGACACGAGAAGCUGCAGAAGCAGAAGCUGCACGACAGCACCACCACCACCACCACCACGGACGGUGGCUGCCAGAACGAGGGAAUGGACGAGGUGGAUGGUUUGCGACCCUUGCGCCCAGCGAGACGUCCCUUUGGCCCCUGCCGCAUCCUAUCGCUGGAGGAGGCCCACCUGCAAGCAGUGGCCUCCAAUCGCCCCAGGCACUGCAACUAACAUGCCCGCUGAUUUGUUUUUGAAUGUCUAACAUGUCCAACUUUUUAAUUCAACUGUUUAACGAAACUAUUCUUUUAAUCAUCCAAUCGAGAUGGCUGCUGGAAUGCUGUAGCUCUAAGUGCCUAAUGACGUGCCUUCAAACACUUUAGACCAAGUAUUAACGAACGAAAACUGUUUGCUCAGAGAGAGAAAAAAAAAAGAAAACUAGAUAUAAUGCAAUGCAAUUUUGGCAGCUAGCCGCCCAUUUAUUUAUUAUACACCUAACUUUAUUAAACGACGCGUAAACUAUUAACGUUAAUAAAAGCCAAACUAAACGACAA